AUGAACUUCAACAACAACGCGCUGCCCUGCCAAGGCACCCUCAACUUUGGGGAGGAUUUCAAGUUUGACUUUAGCAAUGUACAGCUCGGAGAGUCGUCAUCGUCGAUGAGCUUUGACGACUCCUCCUAUUCGUCUUCGAGCUUUGGUCAGCAUACCCCUACUACCGCUCCUUCGACUCCUUCACGGUCCAUUCCUUUCAACCAUGACACAUCUUUCGUGUCACCAAUGGACGGCCUCACAUAUGAGCUCACUCCGCCUUCCUCGGCAACAUCGACCUACUUCCCAUCUGCUCCAAGGACUGGCGAUGUCUCCGAGUUUGCCCAUCCUGGCUUCCCGGGCACGCCGCCACGGUGCCAGCUCAACUUUCCUAGCGAGCCUAGCGGUUCCGGCGCUCAUCCCAUGCCUUCCCAGACCGUGGACUCGGCCACGGGGUCACGGUGCCAGUUCAACUUGUCCAGCGAACCCCUUGGCGGUUGUGGCUCUCAAGCGACGCUUUCCCAUCCCGUGGACUCCGCCACACCGCCACGAUGCCAGCUUAGCUUUUCUAACGAGCCUUUUGACGGCCGUGGUGCUCAACUGACGCCUUCGCAGUCCGUGGACUUUAGCAUGUGCAUGAUCGCACUGAGUAUACAACCGCUGAUGUCCACCCCAGAGGGGCCGGCUCGGACCACCUCAGAUGGACUGCCUCGGACGGACCAAACCUCCAGCAUGUGGUCCACUUUCACUCAACCAGAUAGCCCGACCAGCUGCCCUGAGCAACGGCCUGCUCCAAUGCUUCUUGAGCCAUUCCAGCCGAUCCAGACAACGAGCCGGGAAGACCAGACUACACCCUUGACCCCCAUGUCCCCGCCAAGGGUUCCGUCUGGCAGCAUGGAGGGACCAAGGAGCAAGACGACGGCACUUCAAGAAGCCCAGGAACGCUCGCAAAACGAGGCACAGAUGCGCUCGCAACCCAAUAAUCCGCGAGCACGCACUAAGAGGGAGAGACCGCCGCGCCGGGACUUGCCGCCAUCGGGGAGCAGCGAAAUCGUUACGGCCACAGCCUCCAAGCACAUAUGUCCCUGGGCAGGAUGCAACAGACGGUAUCGCAGGAAGGAACACAUGAAGAGACACAUCAAAAGUGUACAUCAGAAGAAGGACUGGACCACGUGCGAGUUUUGCAACGAACAAAAGGAUAUCAACCGGGUCGACAACUACGUAAGCCAUCUCAGGCUGCACACGCUCAAAAGGGGCGACUCUGGCAAGGUUAAAUACGUGGCGGCGGCGGUGAAGAAGUACCAGGAACUGGUCAAGCUGAAGAAGCGGAGGCGUGUGGGAACCAAGAGACCAUCGAGGGUUUAA